UUGAAAAUUGAAAAUCAAGAAUUUGAGAAUCAAGAAAGAUCGCUCAAUGAUUGAUUCUAGCAAGUGUACUGCAUUAAAAUAUAAAUAAAAAAUGGAAGAAGAUUUACCACCCCCUUAUGAGAGUUUGAUACCUAAAAGUGUAGCUGACAAAAUUGCAGCAAAACCUAAGAAGUUUGCCUUGUAUUCAAUUCUGAUAGUUCUGAUGAUAAUAUUGGUAUUUAUUUGUAUCAUAAUGUUCACCUUUUACAACAUGAAGACUGAUAGUAUUGCUAGUAAACUUGAUGGUCAUGUUGAGGACUUAUUGGACAGAAUUCAACGACUAGACUUGAGAGAAGGGCAGAACACGGCGGACAUUGCAUCCUUGACCUUAGAGAACACAGAACUUAAAAAUAAAUUAAGAAUCAUGAACGAGAAUAUUGCCAGAAUAGCAUCAGAGCAGGAUAAGAAUAUAACUGAGGUGAGAAAUCUAGCAGAAAAGCUGGAGAUAAGAACAAGAAACAUCUCCAGGGUCCUGGAGACACAGGACGAGAACCUUUCCUCCUUAUCCCAGACCCUGGAGCUCCUCCGCCAGGUUCAGGUUCAACUCCGUCCUGGGCAGGAUGCUUUAAAGAAAGUCCAGUUGUUGGAUCUUGGAGUACCCAGCUCUGGAAGCCUAAUCUCUCCUUGUACAUACGUACUUUAUGUUCUGGUGUACAUGUUAGUACAUACUAGUGUUUAUGACUGAGAUGUACUAAAAAGUGCGCAAUUUUACAUUUUUAAUAUUGUUCCUACCCAGGGGCAUACUAUUAAAAUGGGGAAAACUAAUGAAUUUUAAAGGAAACUUUUAUUUACGAUGAAAUUGUUUAAG